AUGAGCUCAUCAGAGCUCGCGUCGACUAGUUCAGGGAGCGCGUCGCCGCCGCCGCACGUCCUCGCGGUGGACGACAGCUCGGUCGACCGCGCCGUCAUCGCCAGCAUCCUCAGGAGCUCGCAGUUCCGCGUGACGGCCGUGGACAGCGGGAAGAGGGCGCUGGAGCUGCUGGGCUCGGAGCCCAAUGUGAGCAUGAUCAUCACCGACUACUGGAUGCCGGAGAUGACCGGGUACGAGCUUCUCAAGAAGGUCAAGGAGUCGUCCAGACUGAAGGAGAUCCCCGUGGUGAUCAUGUCCUCAGAGAACGUGCCAACCAGGAUCAACAGGUGCCUGGAGGAAGGCGCCGAGGAUUUCCUGCUGAAGCCCGUCCGCCCGGCCGACGUGUCGCGCCUGUGCAGCCGCGUCCUCCGGUGA